UGAAGAAACUAUGGAGGCAAAUUAAAUAACUAAUAAAGAUGGAGAAAAGGGAAGAAAAAAGGAAGUCUAAUGUGAAAAGAGGGUUGUGGAAACCUGAAGAAGACGUGAUAUUGAGAAGAUGCGUCGAGUCUCAUGGAGAAGGAAACUGGGCAGACAUCUCUCGUCGGUCAGGAUUGAAGAGAAGUGGGAAAAGCUGUAGGUUGAGAUGGAAGAACUAUCUAAGACCAAAUAUCAAAAGAGGAGGCAUGUCACCUCAAGAACAAGACCUCAUCAUCCGCAUGCAUAAGCUUCUCGGAAACCGAUGGUCGUUGAUCGCUGGUCGCCUUCCAGGUCGGACUGACAAUGAAGUCAAGAACUACUGGAAUACACAUUUGAACAAGAAAUCCAAUUCCAGGAUACAGAACGGACCUGAGUUAGUGGAAGCUUCUCCGGACAAGCCAGUUAUGUCUACAGGAGUGAGACAAAGCCAUGGAGAAGAAGUCACCAUCACUAACUGGGUGGAGGAGACUAACUACUUUGGCUAUGACGUUUGCAUGGGAUCUCCUCUGCCUCUCAUCUCUCAUUACACAGACAAUCUUGUGUUUGACCCAUGUUCUGCCUUCGCCGAUUUCUUUCCUCUGCUUUAGGACUUUCCUGAUUUUUUUCUCUGAGGGAUAUAUUCUUGCAUAGCCUUUUUUUCUUAAUAACAUGAGGUUUAGGACCGAAUCCCAUAGUCCCCUCAUCCUCGAAAUCCCAACAUGUAAUAUUAGUUUCGUCUCUGCAGUCACUCGAAUUAUUUUUUGAGAUUCAUA